GGAGCCUUGAAGAGAAGGGGGCUCGCACGCGGGCAGGACUCACACCGACACACAAAGUACCCAGAGACCCUCAGGGAAGAGCACGCCUGUCCAGGAUUGGGAUAGGCUCAUGGUCGUGCCCAUUUCGCAUGGAAGAGGCUGCCUUGCAUUGAAGGGACACUUCCAACCACUUGCCCAGUUCCAACUGUAGAUAGCAGCUGGUCCACAUCAGCCUGGGUUUGCAACGACUUCUCUUGAGUCUUGGUCAACAUCUGAGGAGGAAGAGGCUGGCGCAGUAACACACCAAGAAGACGUACGAAAGCCCAAGGAAUUCAAGACCUAACCGCCCGAAUCAAGUGCAGGCAUGGCUGCCUCCCCAACAGAGUCUGCGAUGAACAAAGGACUGGAAGGGAGCCCAACAGUAGGGCUCAGCAUGGCUCCUGGAAAAGUUGGAAGCCCUGUCUUAUUGUGUAAAGUGUGUGGCGAUACCAGCAGCGGAAAGCACUACGGCAUCUAUGCCUGCAACGGCUGCAGCGGCUUCUUUAAGCGCAGUGUCCGCAGAAAGCUCAUCUAUAGGUGUCAAGCUGGCACAGGGAUGUGUCCGGUGGACAAAGCACACAGGAACCAAUGCCAAGCCUGCCGCCUGAAGAAAUGCCUACAGGCAGGAAUGAACAAGGAUGCGGUACAAAAUGAACGCCAGCCCCGCAGCACCGCACAAGUCCGCCUUGACGCCAUUGAUUUGGAUUCGGAGCGGCAACCCGAGCACCUGGCGACCACGCGGGAUGCGGCACCGCCAUCGCUGCCCCUGGCUUGCCCUUCGCUGCCACCAAGCCACAGGGCCGCCGUCUCCUGCUCCGUGACGGGGGCUUCCAGGGCCCGGGCCCCGACUCCCCCCAGCAACCAUCGCUUCAUGGCCAGCCUGAUGACAGCGGAGACAUGUGCCAAGCUGGAGCCCGAGGAUGCUGAUGAGAACAUCGACGUAACUGGCAAUGAGCCGGAGCGCCCGGGGGGCGAGGCCCAUGUCUCCCCAUAUCCGACCGCCAACCCCGAGAGCGUCUACGAAACUUCAGCCCGGCUCCUUUUCAUGGCUGUGAAGUGGGCAAAGAACCUACCUGUCUUCUCCAACCUCCCUUUCCGAGACCAGGUGAUCUUACUGGAGGAAGCCUGGAGUGAACUGUUCCUGCUCUGUGCCAUCCAGUGGUCUUUGCCGCUGGAAACGUGCCCCUUGCUUUCUGUAUCCGAUCUCGCUCCCACUCUCAAUGGAAAGCUUGUCUCCGGCGGAACGGACAUUCGUGCCCUGCAGGAAGUCAUCGCCCGCUUCAAAUCCCUGGCGGUGGACCCGGCAGAGUUUGCCUGUAUGAAGGCCAUUGUACUCUUCAAGCCAGAAACAAGAGGCCUGAAGGAUCCAGACCAGGUGGAGAAUUUGCAGGACCAGUCCCAAGUGAUGCUGGGACAGCAUAACCAGAUACAUUACCCAAGCCAGCCUGUGAGGUUUGGGAAGCUCUUGCUGCUCCUGCCUUCUCUGAAAUUCAUUUCUUCAGACCGUAUCGAGCUGCUUUUUUUCCGCAGGACCAUCGGAAACACCCCUAUGGAGAAGCUGCUUUGUGACAUGUUCAAAAACUGACGUUGGAGUUAUACCAAGACUUCAGACAUGUGUUUGUUUCGAAACCCGAGUUUGGAAAGUUGGAUGCCAGAGAAGAAAGGCAAGCUGUUCCGGGCACUUGCUGCACAACCAGCACUUGCAAACCAUCACACGGCACCUCAACUGGACACCAUUGUAUCAUCAGAAAAGUCUUUGAAAUCCAUCGACUGCAACAUUAUCCAUUCCAAAUGACA